CAGAGUACUGUGCGCAGGCUCAGAAGGGCGGGGACCGCGCUGAGCGUCGGCGACUCGGAGCUGCUGGAUCGGUCCGAGAUGGCGGAGGUGGAGGAAACACUCAAGAGACUUCAGAGCCAGAAAGGAGUGCAGGGAAUCAUCGUGGUGAACACUGAAGGCAUUCCCAUCAAGAGCACCAUGGACAACCCCACUACUACACAAUAUGCCAACCUCAUGCACAACUUCAUCUUGAAGGCACGGAGCACUGUGCGUGAAAUUGACCCCCAGAAUGACCUAACCUUCCUUCGAAUUCGCUCCAAGAAGAAUGAAAUUAUGGUUGCACCAGAUAAAGACUAUUUCCUGAUUGUGAUUCAGAAUCCAACCGAAUAAACCACCAUCUCAGCUUCCUAUGUCAUUCCUUAAUUUAAUGUCCCCCAGAAUAAGUGUUAAUCAUGUCAGUGGGCACGUGGUGGUUGCCUGAGAGCCCAUGUAGACCAUGCCAUUGAUCAAGGGUAGCUCUGCCCACCCCAACAAGGAAUCCAGUCAGUUCCUGGGAAAGCUGGAUCUCAUUUCCAGGCUUCGGGAGUAAGAGCUUAUGAUAAGCCCACACCCAGCUUCCUUCUGACCUUCAGUUCACUUUGUCACCUUUGGAAAGCCUGCUUUUUUCUUUUACUAAAAAUAACUUCAAAACCUG